AAAAAUUGCUCAUUUUAUUACUCCGUAUCUCCUUUAGGAUGGUCCAACACUCCAACUUAUAGACUUAUCUGAAAAAACGCGGAGUAUGCAAGAAAAAAAUCCAGUCCUCUUUUACCUCUUUAAGAGAGGUUGGUGUUUUCAAACCUUUUUAUUGGCUAUAUUUCACACCGACUAUAAAUGAAAAGUCCUCAUAUAUACCAAAAAUAGAGAAAGAAUCUGAUAUAAAUUCAGUCCAGUACUUGUGUGGGACAGAUGGAGAAGAUGAGAUCGGAUGAAGUAAUGGACCCUAAGGUAUGGAGACGCAUACCCAAAGAUCUACUGGAACGAGUCCUUUCAUUUCUGCCAUUGAAGACCUUCUUGAGCUUGAGAUCGACCUGCAAACAUUUCCACUCCCUCCUCUUCUCUCCUCCCUUCAUCACCACCUACUCCUCCUCCUUUUCCUCCUUCUUCCUGCUAUCCCACCCCCAGUUUUCCCGGAAAUACCCUCUGUUCGACACCGUACACGGCAGCUGGCGCCACCUCUCCAUCUCCCUCCCCUCCCCUGUUCUUCUGUCGUCCUCCAAUGGCCUCCUCUGUUUCUCAAUCCAGAACUCCAAUUCGUUCGUCAUAUCCAAUCUCAUCUCCAACACUUCCAGGCUCGUGAAAUUCCCGAUCCUGCCCUUCUCUAUAGAUUCCCUCACCCUGGCCUCCCUCCCCGACGGAAGCUACAAGAUUCUGGUCAUCAAGUCAUCCCAGCCGCCGUGGAAGUCAACCUUCGUCUACGACUCCUCCGACCAUUCAUGGCGGAAGUUCCAAGAUUUCAAACCGGCGCUCGCCAAUUGCAUCAAUCACCACCAGGAAGGGAUCCUGCACCGCGGGUCCUUGCACUUCAUCACCCCCGAGCCGUUCCGGGUGUUCUGCUUCGAUUUCGACUCCGGGGAGUGGCAGAGGGCGGCGAUGGAGAUGCCGGCGGCGGAGCUGACGUUCGCCCGGCUGGUCAGCGACGCCGGCGGCGGGAAGCUGUACCUGGUUGGGGGUGUGGGGAGGAAUGGGAUUUCGAGGAGCAUGAAGCUGUGGGAGAGGAAGGGGGAAGACGGCGGCGAGAGGUGGGCGGAGGUGGAGGGGGACAGUGUGCCGGAGAUGAUGUGCCGGAAGCUGAUGUCGGUGUGCUACCAUAACUACGAGCAUGUUUACUGCUUCUGGCAUCAGGGAUUGGUCUGCAUUUGCUGCUACACAUGGCCGGAGAUUCUGUACUAUAAGGUGUCGAGGAAGACAUGGCAUUGGCUUCCGAGGUGCCCGUCCUUGCCGGACAAAUGGAGCUGUGGUUUCAGAUGGUUUUCUUUCGUUCCUCAGCUCUACGCCUCUGUUUAGGACCAGAUUAGUUUGGGUUUCCCCUGUUUUCAAUUUCACAAAAAAAGAAGAACAAAUGAAAGACUUGUCGAUUGAAAAAGUGUGCCAUUUUUAAACAACAUUCAAAGAUAUAAUCAAGUCUAACGCUACAUUUGUUUGUAAUUAAUGUGGUUAGUUUUUUUUUAGUUUCUGAAAAAAAUGUAAACAAAAUAAAAGUUGAUAAAAAUUACUCCGUA